AUGAAAAAUGUUUCACAUUUUUAUAAAUAUAUAAUACUUAUUAUUCUUAUAUAUAUUUUAGCUAAUAUAAAAUGUAAUAAAAUCAAAAAAAUAGGAUAUAAUAACAUAUGCAAUAAAUUAUAUGGAAAUUAUCAUAAUGAAAAUCAAGAAUGUAAAUAUAAAAAAGUAAACCUAAAUAAAUUAUUCUACCUUGAAAAUACAAAUAAAUUAAAAGAAAUAUGGGAAAGGAUUAAACAUGUUUAUAUACGAGACACAAAAAAUGUGAAUGAUAAAAUUAUCAAAACAAACUCGGAUUUUCAUUCCUUUAAAAAUUCCGCAACAAAUUUUACAGGUGAUAAUAAUGAAAUAAUUAAUAAUGUUAUAAUAAAUAAUAGUACAAUAAUCGAUCAAAAUGAAUUAUCAAAUUUAUUGAAACGUAACAAUUUAAUCACUAUUAGACACAAAGACAUUAAUCAAAUAAUAAAAAUUAUAAAUGAAUAUUAUAUUCAAACUAAUCAUAUUUUCUCCACUGUUUUGAAAUAUGAAAUAAAAAACGAAAAUGAUAAAAAAACACUAAUAAUAUAUGUCAACGAAGUGAUACUUGAUAAAAACUGUAUAAAAGUUAAUGUUUAUAAAGAGGUGGGUAAAAAGAAUGAAACUAAAAGUGUGCAAACAGAAGAUGAAUAUACCAGCGAAAAAACGGGGAAAGAGGAGUUAUUAAAAAAGGAAAUAUCAAAUGUUGAAUUAUCCAUAAAUCUACCAAAUAUAAAAGAAAAAACCAUAAAAAAUAGUAGCGUAAACAAUGUAAAAGAAAUAAUUUUUGAACGUGAAAAUAUCCUAAGUAAGGAUAUACUACAAUACGAGCUAAGUGUAAAAAAAAAAAAAUAUUGUGAUCAGGUAAAAAAAAUGUUUGAAAAAAAAAUGAAUAUAAAAGAAAGCUCGAUUUUUGUUUGGGAUGAAAAAAUGUAUGACUUGUUAAUAAAAUCUAAUUUAUUCAAAUAUAUACAUGUUAGACUAACAUUUGACAAAAGUAUCAAUAAGCAUAUAUUAGAAAUAGACUUAGUAGAAAAUAAAAGCAUGAUGUUUAUUCCAAGUAUAUCAAAAAGCUUUAAUUCGAUGUUGGAAUUUUGCAUAAAUUUGACAUUUUCGUAUUUACACAGUUUAAAUUUUUCUGACAAGUUCAGAAUAAAAUAUUUUCAAAAUUUAAAUUACAAAAAUAAUAAACAUAAUUAUGAUAUAAUUUUUGUUAAUGAUACAAUAGAAAUAGAAAAACUAAAAAAUAAUUUUCCAUCAUAUUCAAUUUAUGGUUUUAAUACAAAUAAAGUCUACAAAAAAGAACUUAAUAAUUCAUGCUUAAAUGAUUUUACAAAUAUUAUUAACAGUCAAUGUAAAAAAAAAGAUGAAGAAAAUAGUGAAAGAAAUAACUCCAACAAAGAACAAAACAUUUUAAAAGGUUUUAUACAAACAAAAGAUAUCUACAAUUAUUUGCAUACAAAUAAAUUCUUCAUUUUUUAUAUUAAAAAAAUUCAUAAUACAAUUUUUGAAUUAAAAGUGAAAAUUAAAAAAAACAUAUUGCAUAACUUUUUAUACUUUUUGAAAACAUCCAGUAGCACAUUAACUAGCCAAAGUUCGCUACCUUCUGAAGAUACAAAAGUCCGAAACAAUUCCAAAAUUAGUAAAAUGACUCAAAAUUUUUUAAUUUCUAAAUAUAAUUAUUUUAUAAAAAGAAAAACCAAUAAUGUUUUACUUAAUAAAUUAUAUAAUAUUUAUGGGGCUACAUUUAAAUGCUCACUUUCUUUAAAUGCGUGUUCUUCAAAUAUAUUUGAAAAGACAAAAUUUUUAAACACUUUUUUUAAUUUAAAAAAUAAAAUCGAUUUGAUUUUUCACUUUAAUACAAACAAUAAUUUUUCUAUAAAAAGUUUUUCAAAUAUAUCUUUGGACAAAAAUGGGAAUAGUACAAGCAAACGCGUUAAUACUAAAAGUUUUUAUUCUUAUUUAUUAUCCUAUUUUAAAGAUAUUAAUAAAGAAAAAUAUUAUGACAUUAAUAAAAUAAAUAAUAUACAUUUGAAUUACACAUUUUAUUUUAAUAAAAAUUAUAAAAUACCAAUAUCUAAAUAUGUUCUUAAUCUCAAAAAUAUAUUAAAAAGAAAAAAAUUAAACAAUCAGGAUGAAGAAAUAGAAAAAGAAGGGGGGAACACACAGCAUAUUAUUCGAAAUAAUAUACGUGAUGAAGUAAAGUUGGAAAAACCUUUUCCUUGGAAUUUUAUUAAUCUAAAUAUAAAUGAUAUACAAUUGUUAAUAAAUUUAGAAUUUUCCUUAACAAAAAAUUUAUGGAAUUAUAAAGGAAUAAAUAUUUCCAAUAAUAAUAGUAGAUGGUUUGAAAAAAAAGUGACCGAUAUUCCCUAUGCUAUAAUUAACAAGCUAUUCAAUAUGAAUAAUGAAAAAAAUGCACACAAUAAUUUGGAAAAUUUUAAAGAAAAUAUUGAGAAAGUAGAAAUAUAUAAGAAUGAUUUAUCCGAAAGUAGUAAAUAUAACAUACAUAAUGUAAAUAUAAACGAUGCUAUAAAUGAACAUUUAAAUAAAAUAGGCUGUUCGUUAAAUUAUAAAUUAAUAUUCCCCAUACUAUUUAAUAAUUAUUUUUUAAAUUUAACGAAUAUGAGGUUAUAUUUAUUUCUUAAUUAUAAUUUAUUUAACAAACCACAAAAAAAUCGCAAUAUAUCUAUACCCAAUAAUCAAAACAAAAAUAUAGCUACUUCAAAUUUCCUCAAGUUAAAUUAUUUAAAAAAAAAACAAAAAAAAAAACAAAUUCCAUCAUAUGGAUUUGGCAUUAUCAUCUCGAAUAUUAAUAUUUUUAUGAAUUUUAAAAUUAACUCUAAAAAUAUGUUACCUUCCUUAGUAAUGCAAUUAAAUCAAGAUAUAUCCAAAUUUAAAUAUUUGUUAUAA